CCUUCCAAUAAUUUUGCUUCGAAGAAUUCUCAAAUUUCUUCAAAUUUCAAAUGAAGACCAUCACCACUGGUGUGUUUCAACAAGAUUUGCAUGGUGAAGAACAUGCUAGAGAAGUUGAGCAAUUCAUUCGUCAAUUUAAAGGUGUGAAAGAUGUGAAUGCGGAUUACAAUACUGGAAAAAUAAUGGUGACAGGGAGUAUUGCAAACAUCUCCAGGCUCAGGAAGAUAGUGGAAAGAACAACCAAUCAGAAGGCGGAGCUCCUCACUUACGAGCACAAACUUGACGACGGCUCCAGCUCUGGCGAGGAUAAAAAGUCCAAAAAGGCUGUUCGGGUGCGCUAUGGAAGUUCUCUUUUUGGUUGCUUCAAACCAAAAGUUGUUGGUCGUGGUCAUGGUCGUCAUCCUCAUCAUGGUCAUAAUCAUGGUCACACUUCAGAUUCUUCUUCAGAUCAUAAUGAUGUUCACACUUGUGGAAUUGAUUUCAGUGCUUCUUCAGAGGAGUAGAGAAGACUUGAAGUCUUUUUAUUUAUUUUUGUGGCAAUGCAUUCGUUUAUUCGUAGAAGUUAGGACCAUUUGCUUAGGUUGGUUUAUUUGUUCGUUUACGCUUUCUAUGUUUUUACUUUAUGAGAAUUGAUAUCAUACAUUAUUCAAUGCAAUUUUUUUGUGUUAUUUGUCCAA